UGUGAUGUUUUCUUUUAAAGAUGAUUUUUUUUUCUUUUUUUAAACUUAGAGCAUGUAUAUCUUUAGGAUCCAAGACCCGAGCCAUUGGGAAUGCAGCAAAGAGCCAGAUUGUCACGAACGUAAAAAAUGCAGUACAUGGCUUUAAGAAACUGCAUGGAAGAGCAUUUGAAGAUCCUUACAUACAAGCUGAGAGGGCCAAACUUCCCUAUGAACUUCAGAAGAUGCCAAAUGGUUCAGUAGGAGUAAAGGUGAGGUACCUGGAUGAAGAGAGGCUGUUUGCAGUGGAACAGAUCACAGGAAUGCUGCUGGCCAAGCUGAAGGAGACUUCUGAAAGUGCUUUGAAGAAACCAGUGGCUGACUGUGUGAUUUCAGUCCCUAGUUUCUUCACUGAUGCUGAAAGAAGGUCUGUAAUGGCAGCUGCACAGAUUGCGGGAUUAAAUUGUCUGAAGCUGAUGAAUGAAACUACAGCAGUUGCAUUAGCCUAUGGAAUAUACAAGCAAGAUCUGCCAGCCUUGGAAGAGAAGCCAAGAAAUGUGGUCUUUGUAGAUAUGGGGCAUUCUGCAUAUCAGGUUUCCAUCUGUGCUUUUAACAAGGGAAAACUGAAGGUCUUGGCCACUACCUUUGACCCUUUCGUAGGUGGUAGGAAUUUUGAUGAGGCUUUGGUAGAUUACUUCUCCGAAGAAUUUAGGACAAAAUACAAACUGAAUGUAAAAGAGAAUCCCCGAGCACUGCUGCGAUUGUAUCAGGAAUGUGAAAAGCUCAAGAAGCUGAUGAGUGCGAACGCAUCUGACCUUCCACUCAAUAUCGAGUGCUUCAUGAAUGACCUGGAUGUCUCCAGUAAGAUGAACAGAGCUCAGUUUGAGCAGUUGUGUGCUGCCCUUCUGGCCAGAGUGGAGCCUCCUCUAAGAGCAGCCAUGGAUCAAGCCAAACUUCAGCGUGAAGAUAUCUACAGUAUAGAAAUAGUAGGUGGGGCUACUAGAAUUCCAGCAGUGAAGGAACAGAUCUCUAACUUUUUCUGUAAAGAGAUAAGCACCACGCUAAAUGCUGACGAAGCUGUUGCAAGAGGCUGUGCCUUGCAGUGUGCAAUUCUUUCUCCAGCUUUUAAAGUGCGUGAGUUUUCCAUCACAGAUGUUGUUCCUUACUCUAUAACAUUGAGAUGGAAAUCAUCUUAUGAAGAAGGAACAGGGGAGUGUGAAGUCUUCAGUAAGAACCAUGCUGCUCCAUUCUCAAAAGUAAUUACUUUCCACAAGAAAGAGCCUUUUGACUUGGAAGCUUAUUAUACCCAUCCACAUGAAGUGCCUUAUCCUGAUUCCAGAAUAGGGCGUUUCACUAUUCAGAACGUUGGUCCCCAGCACGACGGCGACAACUCCAAGGUGAAGGUGAAAGUGCGCGUCAACAUCCACGGGCUGUUCAGCGUGGCCAACGCGUCCAUCAUAGAGAAGCAGAGCAUCGAGGGGGAGCACAACGACACCCCCAUGGACACCGAGUCAGCAAGUAAGAACCAAGGCAGAGAUGAGGAGCUGGAUAAAAUGCAGGUUGAUCAAGAAGAAGGUGUGCAGAAAAGUCAAGCUGAACAACAGAACCAAGCAGAUGAGGAAAGUGAAAAUGCUGGAACUGAAACAAAGGCUUCUUCUGGAGAAAAGCAAGAUCAUCCCUCCCAGCCAAAGGCUAAAACAAAAGUUAAGAGUAUUGACCUCCCUAUACAGGCGAGCCUCUAUAGGCAGCUGGGACAAGAUCUGAUCAAUUCCUAUAUAGAAAAUGAGGGGAAGAUGAUGAUGCAAGACAAGCUUGAGAAAGAACGAAAUGAUGCUAAGAAUGCUGUUGAAGAAUAUGUGUAUGAAUUCAGAGACAAACUGUGUGGAGUCUUUGAGAAAUUUAUCACUGAAGAGGAUUCAAACAAGCUGACUUUGAUGUUAGAGGACACAGAAAACUGGCUUUAUGAAGAUGGAGAGGACCAGCCAAAACAAGUAUACAUGGAUAAGCUUCAGGAAUUAAAGAAAUUUGGACAGCCUAUCCAGGAAAGAUGCAUGGAACACGAAGAGAGACCAAAAGUUCUAAAUGAACUGGGAAAGAAGAUUCAGCUCCUUAUGAAAGCAGUAGAAGCAUACAAAAAUAAGGAUGAAAAAUACGACCAUCUAGAUCCUGCUGAGAUGGAGAAAGUUGAAAAAUACAUUAAUGAGGCUAUGAAUUGGUUGAACAGCAAAAUGAAUGCCCAGAAUAAACUCAGUCUAACUCAGGAUCCAGUUGUCAAAGUGGCAGAAAUACUAGCAAAAUCUAAGGAACUGGAUAGCUUCUGUAAUCCCAUUCUAUCCAAGCCCAAGCCGAAGAUAGAACCUCCCAGUGACGGGCAGCCCAAAGCUAACGGGGAGCACAACGGGCCAGUGAACGGACAGAGCGCUGCUGAAACAAAACCCGAACCAGCAAAGGACAACCCGCAGCAGACCAAACCCCCCGGAGAAAUGGAAGUGGACUAAGACCUUGCAUUUCUUUUACUUCAUUAAAAUAGUGCAAGUAACCACAGGGUCCAUUCUUUUUGUCUGGUACACACCUCAGAUGUUCAGUUACUCUUAGCCAAACUUCUGUCAUUUGUUGCUGAGUAGUUUUGAAAGUGUUUUAUAUUAAGUACACCUCUGAUGUUCAUUUCCACUGAUGCUGCUUAUGUGGAGCUUUAGCCAAAUGUAGAUUGUAUAAGUCAGUUGAAGCUUUCCCAAUAUAUUUUAUAUCAAACAUACAGAAUUGAUAUAUAAAUGGCAACAAUCUACCUUAUUUAAAGCUUUUAUUGUGGAUAAACCUCAGCUCCUUUAUUCAGGAAAGGAUACUGUAUUGCACUACUGAUGCUCAAGUGUAGAUCUAAUCGCAUCUUUAUUUUGGAAAAAUAUUGGAAUUGAAGUGGCAAAAGCUGUCACUUGAAGCACUGACCUUUUCUAGUUAUUGUAUUGUUAUAAUUUAAAUAUUAAAAUAGAGGUUAGUUGGCAUACCAGUCCAUCUUGUUGAUGUACCAUGAGAAUUGUACGGUCUUUUUCAUAGGAACUGAGUAAUAACGAGCUUAAGCGUUUUUUGGGUUCCCAUGCCACUACCAGUCUUCAUUACAAACUGCUCCAGCACGUGGCUCUGCCGUGUGCCGGAGUUCCUGGUCUCUGCACGUCGCUGUACAUACCCUACUGCGCUUAGCACGGGGUGAUGCUGGUGAGAACAGGAGGAAAGGGGAGAACAUUCAAGGCCUGCUGUGUAGCUGUCCCUUGAAAAUGUCUUAUUGCACGUGGAACUACUUUCCACUUCUUUUGUUUCGAAUUCAAUUUACAUCUUGAUCGUAUCUCGUCCUGGGGAGGAGAAACAGCAGAAACAGUGCUGUGUAAACUGGGUAUCACCACCCUGAUUUUGAGGUUGCUUAAAUGCUGUUUGGUGCAAACUUGAAAGAAAUGCUGAGAGCUUAUUUAAGCCUUGAUGCUCAGCACAUAAUUUUUUGGUCAAGGACCAAAACAGAAGAGCUUAAAAACUGGAUAUUCUUACCCCAAAGAUGGAAUCUGCUUGAUGAACUUGCAUAGCUUACCACUUGGCUUUGGUCAUUUAGCUCUCUAAUGAAAGUGUCUACAAUGUAUUAAACAGUAGAGUCACUGUUAUCUUUGAUACCUCUUAAACGUUGUCAAGGUCCAAUGUAUGUCCCAAAUAUAUUCCAAAUGCUUCUGUCGGUCACUGGGGUACUGCAGCACUUACUAAAGCCUGUCACUAUUGACUCCAAACAGCUCUUCUGUUACCAGAGUGGGAAUGGGCUACUCCGACUAUGAAAAGUGGUUUCUUUACCCAGCAUAAAAAACUGAAAUAAGUUGCAGUGUAUUGCUUCAGUGACUUGAACUCUGUCCUAGAAACAAGUCCAGAUGUUAACCAGGCACUCCUACAGCAGUUCUCCUAUAGGAGGUGUUGCUGUUGUAAACAAGAACUACAAUCUUUCUGGCUUUGGCAGCUGUUUUAUCUUCAGCUGUGCCCUUCAUCUUCUACCACUUCAUGCUACAAAAAGUGAUUUGUGAGCCCUGGGAGAGGAGAAUUCAACUCUCACAUAUCUUCACAGACAAAGGAACCAUCAUUUAUGGCUGUACAUAAAUCUGCCUAGACCAGUUCAAGUACUGGAAUUGUAUCGUCAUGACUGACAUCAAGUGACUGAGAUGCUUGUACUUGGCUCUCGUUCCUGUUCCUCUUCCAUGCAGUCAGUGUGGAUGGUCUGACACCUCAGUUGACAUGUUUAAUGCCCUUGAACUAAAACUGAAUGACCUUGAGGAGAGCUAUUCUGCAACCUCAGUCUUGAGUUCUGCCACAGUAGUCACACCUCUGGCGCUGUGGGGGUGACAGUACUGCAGCAUCAGCUGUCCUUUGUCAGGCUGAGCUGGCUUUGGUCUCAUAGGCUUUAAGACCAUUUAUAUCCUAAUGGCUUUUACCACAGCAGUGUAAUGAGUAGCAUUCUCAAGUACUGGCUUCUUAAAAUCCAGCUACACAAUAAUUUGUCUAGGUAGACUUCUUGGUACCUGUGGCAGAAGAGCACAAACUGCAGAAAUCUCCAGUGUCAGCUCUUCAGUAGCUAAAAGGUCAUGUGCAAGAACAAUGUCCUCUGCUCAUGGCCAUCAGAUGCUUAAUCUCACAGAUGUCUGAGGCAAUGCUUAGGUUAAAGGCUAGAAUAAUUUUGCACGCUCAAAACCAGAUAUGGUUCAGACAAACAGUUGUAGUCAAGUUUUCUUACUAGAAUAGGGUUUUUUUGCUGUGCAUUUGGUCUGUCUCUAGAUCCCUGCUGAAGAGGAGUGCUGACACAGACCGCCCACAGAGGCUGGCUUUUGAGGUCCAUGUUAGGAAUCCCAUUUGGGAUGGCAGAGUUGAUCCUUCCUCAGUGAGUUGACACUAAUAGAUGACUUGCUCGUAUGUAAUCUGGUUCCUGUUACAGAGAUUUAAGUACUUACACACUAUGCACAACUUGAGGUUUUGUGUGUCAGACUCAAUGAGCAAGUUCCCUCUGCCUACCCUGACAGCACCAGAGUCUUUGCUACGUAACAGCAGGAAUUGCUGAUAAUGAUAAACUUGAAACUUUCUGCUGAGGGCAAGAUACAUUUCUGAUAUUUGAAAAUGUUCCCUCUGUCCCACAAAAAGAAGAAAAAAGGAAGCAACACUAUCUUUGUAAAGGCAGUAGAGUUCGUUUAAAAAACAAAAGUGUUGUAAAUCAAGUUCUAAAGUUUCAUGUAAAGAUCUGAUAACAAGCCAGUAUAAAUACAUUGUUUCGUUUUACCAGUAAGUUUCCUUCCCUUUAAAGAGGACUUCUCUCCUGUCUGGAGCAUUAAUGAACUUGCUCAAGAAAGGACUUCAAAAUUAAUUUAAUUUUCUUUACUAAACUAAGUCUAGUUUAGAGCUGAAUCAUGAGUUCCUGUACACUUUUUGUAUUGCGGUACGUUAGAAGUUUCUUUGAACUUCAUUCAGAUGUAACAUAAACAGAUUUGUAACACUUAAGUUAGGGUUUUAUGCUCUCCUUUCUUGAAGCUGCUGCUUCAUGACAAAAUACCCCUUGAUUCUGAAUGAAGGUUUUGAUUUUGUUGUUGUCUGAAUUUGAAUGAAGACUCCUCUCCCUUCCUGGCUUCUGGCAGUGUCCUUGCAGUGCUUAAAUACUGCCUUUGGGGCAGGCUUGCAAAACACGGAGUGGUGAGCAGCUGGGUCCUGAAUGCUCACAGGCAGUUGGGGAACACCCAGCCUGUGUCCCACAGCCUGUAUUCCCGCUCUGCCUCCCACAGCCCCGGGGCAGAGUGAGGGGGAAGGUGCCCUGUCCCUGGCACCGCAGCACAGGAGGGCAGUGCAGUGUCUGCCGUGCAGCUCCAGCAUCCUGGACCCCUUGUGGUCUGUGGGAUGGAGGCUUUGCUUCUCCCACCUACAAGUGGAAGAUACUGAUGUACAGCAUCCAAUCUGUGUGUUGAUGAGAUUUCUUUGUAUCUUCAGCACUGGAAGUUCCUUAAUAUUUUCCAACAUCUCUGUGUGCUGAACUCCAUCUCUCCUACGGAUUGCUAAUAACAGUUCUCAAAUACCCCAUAUUUAAGUGGGGGUUUUCCUGUAGGGAUUAUGGAAGCGUAAUUUCAGGAAACAAGCAAGGAGCUGGCAGGAGGUUUUUCUUCCCAAUUAUUUUUUUGACAUCAGUGUAAAAAAUGAACAGCCUUAACAAAGCUUGGGAUCUGCACUUCUCAGAGCUCUGGUUUUUCAUGCCUGUCAGUUAACCAAUGCUAGCAUCCAGAACAUGAAGCCAUGCUGCAAACACGCUGCAUUUGCUGGUUCAAAGCACCUGCCCAGCUGCUGUAGAAGCUAAAUUCAAUUCCUGUAGAUCGGUGCCAUCAUGAACCUCAUUCCUUAAAAUAGGACUUUUCAUUGCUGUGUAAUCAAUCACACUGUAAUACUUCCACGCCUCUGUGAGCCCUUCUCAAGUGAAGCUCAGAUGCCCAAACUUGAGUUGUGGGCUGGCAUAAGGUUUGCCUGCUCUAAGGAUGCUUAUUCUUAAUUGCCACUAGCUGUGAGUUUAUUAACUGGAUGGAGAAAUAUUCUAUUGCCUCUUACACUUCUGCUACUCUUUAAGUUUUUUCAUCAUUCAGGCACCAGGAGACAGAAACUCUCAAAAGAGGUGGUAAAAAACAUGUUUAACAAAAGGCGUUAAUGCCUCAUAAAUUUUAAUUUCAACUCCCAAGAUAGCGGUUGGGAGUAUAAACACAAGCUCUUAGUAGCUACAGAACGUCUGUAGUGGUGGCUGACUCCUAGCUGAAUUCUUAAUUCUCUCUGGAUGAAAUUUGAAGACUUCAACCACUUACUACACCUGUAUAUAACAGUGAAAAUAACUAAUUGUGACUGUUGGCACUGCAGAAUACUAAACCAGGAAUGUGCUUGAUGUGAGUUACUUGAUACAGCUGUUAAAAUUUGGAUUCCUUCUUUCCUGGUCAGAAGGAAAUACAUCAAGCAAUGAAAACCAGGAUUCAUUGCAGUGAAAUCCAUCAAGAAUCAUUUUAAACAAGAAUAAAAUUGAGCUAUACCCACCAGCCACCUCUGGCCACUUGGUCAGCAAAGUGUUGAAAUAGUUUAAUUAGGUUGAUCAAAAAAGGUGGUAGUCCCUGAAUGUUGCAGUGGUUGGAAAAGUUUCUUUCCAUAGUCGAUAACCAUAUCUCCAUGGGUUGAGGGGGGGAAGAGAUGGGAGAGUCAGAAUUUAAAGCGGUGUUUAAGUAUGGAAAAUGUUUACGAUGUAUGUAAAUGGGAUUCUUAGUAGUGACAGAUCAUGUGCAAAUUGACAAGACUUCAAUUUAUUUUUGAAUGGCAAUAUAGAUUGUCAAGGUUGUGUAUAAUGAUAAUAAAUAUAUAAACCGCUA